AUUUUAUUACUAAAUCUUCGAAAUUUUGGCCUCCAAAGGCUCCAUUGCAGCAGCUGCAGGUUGCGAUUUCUACUCAGCAAAUUCACAGGAUAAGGAGAGGAAGUGUUUGCUUCCACUUUUCAUACGAUGGCAAUUUACACAUGACUCAAGUGGCACAGGAUUUCUCGUGUCCUUUUUGCUCAAUAAGUUGCCUUCACCUUGAGGGGCUAAAGUGCCACUUUUCUGCUUGUCAUGAUGAAUUCAUCUUUGAGUACUCAGUGACUGAUGAUGUCCCAGAUGUAUAUGUAUCUGUCAAUUUUGAUCAAAAGAAAUCUGAGAUGGCUGAUGUUGUUGAUCCUAGGGCGGAUACCUUCAUUUUCAGUUCAAAGUCACUACGACGCCGAAAGUCUCAGACUGUUGUCAAAUAUCCAAAGCAUGGAAAACAUAUCUCGGAUUUGGUCUUCCCUACAGCAGUCAAUGAACUCCAGCACAAGACUGAUGAGCAUAUGCGUGAAGAUUCUCAUUGUAUGCAAUCAGUGCCUGAGAGCAGCUCUGCACCUUUUGCAAGGCUUCAAAAUCAAAAUUGGAGGGCAUCAGUUGAAUGCUUUGAUCAGAAGAAAUGCCCAUUGACUUUUUGGGUCUCACCAAGCAUGAGUGACAUGUGAUGCAUCUUGGAACUAUUUAUUAGAAAGCAAAGAUUCCAUCUGUGAAAACUAUUUGAAGUCUUUAACCUGUCUUGUG